UUUAGUUUGAUUAAAUUUACUAUACUGGAAUAGUAAGGAUGAAUGAGAAAAUAUAAAAUUAAAAAAAUGAAAUAAAUAUUUUACGUAUAUCUUGUAGUUAGAAUAAAAAUCUCUAUCAAAGAAAAAGCCAUUAAAUCAUCGUCUGUUGUUGAUGUGUAUAUCAAAGUAAGCUGGUAAAUCCAUAUAAGUUCGUGCUAAAGCGACAAUUGUGUUGCCACUUUUGUGAUAAAACGCUUUAGCACUUUAAUAGUGAUUCUCUCGAGCAUGCAGCGAGAAGGAUGGAGUUUCGAAAUUUGUGCCGGUGAAUAUUUUUUCUCCCGUCAAAAUUAUUUAUUUACUGCGAAAGUUUUCGAAUUCGUGCGUUUAGAAGUUGAGGUGCUUGUUUCCACGAUGGCAGCUCUUAUAACCGACGUAAUGAGUUCCAUUGCUACCUUAAAGGACCGCAAAGGCUCGUCUCUCGAUGAAAUAAUCAAUCAUAUCAACUCCCAAAGAAAAACCAAGUUGAAAAAUGCCUCUAUGCAAGUUAAGAAAGCUCUAACGACCGGAAUUCAAAAUGGUCUUCUGAAAAAAGCCAAUGGAAAGUUUAAAUUAGGUAUCAGCUCCAAACAAUUCACCAUGUUCCAAAACUUCAAGAAUUUGGAAAAGAGAAGGGCUCCAGUCAAGGAAAUGCAAGCAAGAGCUAGACGUCAGCAAGGAAAACAACGCAGUCUUAUUAAAAGUGCAAAGAGCAAGCAGAAAGAGGAAUCAUCAAGAAUCUCCAAGUUAGCCAAAAGUCUCAAGCUACCAAUAAUAGAAAUACGCAGUCGUGGACGACGCCCUAAGAAUACGAGAAGACGUAGACGAAGAACAAAGAGACGAAGACAUGAUGUACACACCAAAGCAGAGCCGAUGGAUCGCAGCAGACGUCCACGUCGUAAAGGAACGAAGCGUAGGCCACGACGAUCAUCAAAAUAUGGAAGAAGGAAAUAGUGUCAUUAAACCAUGAAUCUCAUUGUAUUGAAACAUGAAACAUUUACUUUGUUAUAUUUACUCAUUUUAUUGUAUACAUUCACUCAAAUAUAUCAUCUCCAUGAUCAAA